AUGGCUGAUCAAGACUCAAAUUCUAGUGAAGUGCCGCCAAACAGUAGCAGCAGCAAUUCUGGCAAAAUAGAAGGGCUAUUAUCUGAACAGAUCUCAUGCCUCCCUCGGAAGAGGGCUAUUGGAGGAAAAGAACAUGAUGGCAGCUUGGAGCGAAAAUGCCGCCGAUUCUCAGGUGCUUCUCUCUUCAAGAAGAAGCUGAACUCAGCAGUGUUAAACCAAGAAGAAGGGCAUGAAGAAAAAGUUAAAGGGAAUGAGGCCAUAGCAGGGACACAAGUGGAGAAACACAGGAUACGGAAAGCUGGGCAUUUUCUGCUUGGCCCUGCUCUAGGUGGGAGCCCAGUCAAAAGCAUCACUCAAUGCCUGGCAAGAAGAAGGGGCACUGAAGAUUUCUACACUCUGAAGAUGCUCAUGCUGGAGGGCAGGGGUGGAGAGACUCAGGACCACAAACAAGGCAGGAUGCUCAUGUACACAGAAUAUUCCCUUCUCUCUCUCCUCAAAGGACAGGAAGGUGUAAUCCAAUGUCAUGGGAUUUUCAAGGAGGAGAUCCCAGAGGAGAUGGAGAUCCAAUCUAGCGAGGGAAAAGCAGUUCAGGUGUUCACUGGUCGGAGUGUGAAACGUCUGUGCCUUGUCAUUGAUUGCCUAUAUGCCCAUCCAUACAAGGACCAGUCCAGCACAUAUGUCAAUCUGCAGCAUCAUGUUAUGAGGGAAAAGAAGCUCAGUGAGCGGGAAACGCUUACCAUCUUCUGUGAUAUUGCCUAUACCGUCCAACGCCUCCAUCAGAGGAAUAUAGUACACCGUGAUCUGAAGUUGGGGAACCUGGUUCUGGAUCGGUUGCGCUCUCGGGUUGUUAUGACCAAUUUCUGUCUUGGGAAACACUUGAUGAGUGACAAUGACCUCUUGAAGGAUCAGCGUGGCUCACCUGCUUACAUAUCUCCUGAUGUCUUAAGUGGGAAGCCCUAUCAUGGAAAGCCAUCUGACAUGUGGGCACUGGGAGUGGUCUUAUACACAAUGCUGUAUGGCCAGUUUCCUUUCUUCGAUUCAGUCCCACAGGAGCUCUUCCGCAAGAUUAAGGCUGCAGAGUAUACAAUUCCAAAUGAUGGUCGAGUGACAGAGAGUGUGCAGGGAAUAAUUAGAGGACUCCUUGUCCUGGAUCCCAUGAAGCGGUUAACAGCAUCACAGCUGGUUGAUGCACUUUCCACUGCUGUUGCAUUGUGGCAGAACAUCCUGGCCAACCCCUUGCCACUCCAGGUUGUGCCAGAGAUGCCUCAUGAGGGAGAGAGAGGCAGAAAAGAUAGAGAUGGGAUGUCACAUCUUGAAAUCUUUCUCCGUAAGGCUGCCAUUGCUGCAGAGGAGGGAAGCCCCCAGUCUUCACCAUCGCAUUACCGUUACCUAUCAAGCUCUCCCCCUUCCCGUCGAUAUGCUGGCCAGAUUCCAAUCCAUCGUAUCACCCGUGAUGCCCAGCCACUCUCCCAGUCUCAACUUCUUCAGUAUCAACACCUGGUGGCCAACAUCUGUACCAACCCUCUUCCUGGAAACCCAACAGCCAACCCAACCCAACUACAACUUGUUCCCAAUGCCCCCCCUCCAGCCUUCUUGGGAAGAACUGAAUCAGGCGAGGAUAGAGUUGUACCCGAACUGGGUCCACAGUCAACUUCCGUCUCAACAACAACGUAUCAGCCAGUGGUUCCCAGUUACCGGCUUGGAAUUGCUCCCAUUUGUCUGCUUCCGCGACUGGCUUUACCAACUGCAACAGAUAUGCCUAAAACUCCCACCCGUAAUGCCAGUUGCCCCAAUUUUUUCUUUCCUGGAGAACCAGGUUCUAGUCGUGGAACAAAACGCAAGGCAACCAAUGGCAAUGGUGGGACUCCUCUGAACAAAGCUCUGAAGAGUCCUACGGUCCCUGAACACAUUCAGCGGCAGCUCAGUCUCUUGGCUUCACAGAAGAACAUAGUCCCUCGAGCUGGGCCUUUGGAGACAGGGAGUAGGACUCAUUCAGGGGUGAACGGUAGGAAUCUCGCUGCACUUAACCUGGCUGUGACCAGUGAUAACCCCUCAACUUCUCAUCUGCAAGCUGAUGGGCAGGGGUCAUCAUGAGUCAUCUGUGAUGGACAAGAUCUUCAUUCUAUUGACAUUACCACCUAGUUCCAUGGAAACUUGCAUGAUUGCAUUUGAUUUUAUUAUGGUGGACUUUCUUCUUACAAGAUAUAUGUGAGCUCUGGUAAGCAAAUUUCUACUGGAUUUGCAAAGGAAUUUGUAGACAUGUCUAUAAAACAAAAUGUGCCCUUCGUAUUUA